AUGGAACACCUCUCGAUAAACGAUCAACCCCCACCACCGCCCUUCCCUCAGGGCCCCGGCCAGCCGGGACUCCUUGGAGGCGGCCGUCCUCCCCAGCCCCAGCAGUUGCCCGCACAAAUGUUCACCACAGCUGCCCAACUCCUCGACCUUACCGAUAUACUACAACAAACAAAGGAGAGGAUAUUCGUGCCUCCAGGCACGCAGUCACCCGCCCAGACCAGGGGGCUUUACGCUGACGUCGACCGGGGCCUCUUUGUUGUUCGCGGCGAGAACGUGCUCCUUAUGGGCGAGAUCGACUUGGACCGCGACGACGACGCGCCCCCGGGCUACGACCUUGCCGACCUCGAACUGGUGCAGACGCUAGCCAAGCAGAAGAAGGCCGAGGAGAAGGCCAAGGAGAAGCGCAAGGUCAAGAAGCUUUCCACCAUUGGCUUUGAAGGGGAGAACGUUGGGGAGGCGCUUCUAUGA